AUGCUGGCCAGGCCGCUCAGAGCGCUGGUCGCGUUUUGCUUCCUUCUUCUCACAUAUCUCUCAUUUAGCUCGUUCAGGAGAUCGUCGUAUACCAGGACACACGUCCUCCCAUCUCCCUUCGAAGCCCGUUCGCUGCAAUCCCGCCAGAUCAGAUUCUGGCACACUUUCCUGCCGAUCCUCCAGCAGAAUGCGCCAGACUGCCCGUCCCCGCAUCGAGAUCGCAAUGCGGAAGCGGUUGGCUUCAAUGCGGCCGAACCACCACCACGUCCUUCCCUGAUCUCGAUGCCAGAGGAGGAUGUGCUUAAGAUGCAACAGGCACAUACACGGUUCUUGCAACAAGUCAAGUCGUCCUCCGAUUUGAAGCCCAUUGUUAUUCCGGAAAGUCGCGGAGUGGUGUAUGCGGCGGGGGGCAGAUAUCUGCCAGUUCUCGUCUCCUCCUUGCGAAUGUUACGCCGGACCGGUUCAAACCUGCCUGUCGAACUCUUCCUCAAAGACCGUUCUGAAUACGAAAGCACCAUUUGCGACGAAGUCCUUCCCUCGCUGAACGGCCGCUGCGUUGUCCUUUCUGAUAUACUCAGCGCCACUCCUAUUCCCACAAAUGGCGAUGGCGACUCUCUUGCCAGCAAUGACAACCAAGAGCCUAAGACUGAGAUAGCGCACUACCAACUCAAAAUAUUUGCCAUGCUUUUCUCCUCCUUCGAGGAAAUUGUCUGGCUAGACGCGGACUGUUUCCCUUUACACAAGCCUGAAGAGCACCUCAACUCAAACCCCUACAAAAUGACUGGAAUGGUCACCUGGCCCGACUUCUGGAUCUCCACCGUGUCCCCCUUAUACUACAACAUAUCGCAACUACCAAUCCCAUCUAUGGGACUGCGCGCCUCGUCGGAAACCGGCCAAAUUCUCCUUUCCAAGAAGUCACACCAAAUCACCCUGCUCCUCUCCACCUACUACAACUACUACGGACCUUCACAUUACUUCCCGCUCCUCUCACAAGGUGCCCCAGGCGAAGGCGAUAAGGAAACAUUCCUCCAAGCCGCCUCUGCCGCGGGAGAGCCGUUCUACGCCACCAGCGAACCCGUCAGGGCAAUCGGACACGUGAAAGGAGACGGUGACGACAUCGCAGGUUCCGCAAUGGUCCAAUUCGACCCCUCAAACGAGUAUCGCAAUUCCCAAACCACUCUCACAAGCUCACAUAAUAAGAUGAAUAGUAACCACCGCCACAGCGACAGCAACACCAACACCAACACCACACCACUGCGCGUCUCCUUCAUCCACGCCAACUUCCCCAAAUUCAAUCCAGCCACCGUCUUCGACCAAACCCACGAGACAAAGCCCACCUACAGACCUGACGGCAGCGACGGCCGCGCAUGGGUUGUGGCGCGCGACACUCUCUCGCGCUUCGGAUAUGAUGUAGAACGCGCGUUCUGGGAGGAGAUUAUGUGGGUUGCGUGUGAGUUGGAGGGGAAAUUUAAGGCAUGGGAGGGCCGUGAGGGGAUCUGCGAGAGGGUGCGGAGGUAUUGGGCGAAUGUGUUCGGGGAGGGGGUGGGGGAUGUGGAUGGGGUGACAGAACUUUGGGGUGACGGAGCUGUGGGGAAGGAGACAUAA